CGCCCCGUCCACUGGUCGGAGAGAACUGGGCAGUUUCAGUGCUCAGAAAAUUCAAGGCUAUUCUGCAACUCCAGUCUGACCCGCGUUUGUGUGUAAAUAUAUGACCCCGGGGCAUAACUGUGCCUCAGUCCGACAGCCAGCGGAGGGCUCGCCGGGUUUCCCGUUGCUGGUUUGCUGGUUAGUUUAGCUGGUCGGUGUCGUUUCCACUGGCUAAGCUAGCUCGCUAACAGCGCCGCUGAUCUCUGUUUUUAAAGCCGUCUUUAGCUGAGAGCCGCGACUCCGACGGAGGAGAUGAAGAUCACGGUGGAUUUUGAGGAGUGUCUCAAAGACUCCCCGAGGUUCAGAGCCACCAUUGAGGAAGUGGAAGGAGAUGUUUGUGAGUUGGAGUCCAAGCUGGAUAAGCUGGUGAAGCUGUGCAUUGGAAUGAUCGACGCUGGAAAGGCCUACAACACCGCAAACAGGCAGUUUGUGAACGGCAUCCGGGAGUUAGCGCAACAGUCGGUCAAAGAUGAGGUCGUUGAGUCCAGUCUGACCAAGUUUGCAGAGAGUCUACAGGAAAUGAUCAACUACCAUACAAUUUUAUUUGACCAAGCACAGCGGUCAAUAAAGUCGCAGCUCCAGACGUUUGUGAAAGAGGACCUGCGGAAGUUUAAGGAGGCGAAGAAGCAGUUUGAUAAAGUGAGUGAGGAGAAGGAAGCUGCGCUGAUCAGGAAUGCUCAGGCACCACGGAACAAGCAGCACGAAGUGGAGGAGGCCACCUAUAUCCUCACCGCAACACGCAAGUGCUUCCGUCACAUCGUCCUGGACUAUGUUCUCCAGAUCAAUGUUCUUCAGUCCAAGAGACGGUCAGAAAUUCUGAAAUCGAUGUUGUCCUUCAUGUACGCCCACCUGACGUUCUUCCAUCAAGGCUAUGAUCUGUUCAGUGAGCUCCAGCCGCUGAUGAAGCUGCUCGGAGGGCAGUUAGAUCAGCUGGUGGUGGAUGCGGCGAAGGAGAAGAGGGAUAUGGAAAUGAAGCACUCCACGAUUCAGCAAAAGGACUAUUCGAAUGACGACACCAAGCUGGAGUACAAUGUGGACGCCGAGAACGGGAUCGUCAUGGAGGGCUACCUGUUCAAGAGGGCCAGUAAUGCCUUCAAAACAUGGAACAGGCGUUGGUUCUCGAUUCAGAACAAUCAGCUAGUCUACCAGAAGAAGUUUAAGGAUAACCCCACAGUGGUGGUGGAAGACCUGCGGCUGUGUACAGUGAAACACUGCGAGGACAUUGAGCGCCGCUUCUGCUUCGAGGUUGUUUCCCCUACAAAGAGCUGUAUGAUGCAGGCUGAUUCAGAGAAGCUGAGGCAGGCGUGGAUCAGAGCGGUGCAGAACAGCAUAGCUACAGCGUUCAGAGACCGAGCAGAAGACUCUGAGAAGCUGGACAGGAAAUCCUCACCGUCCACAGGAAGUCUCGACUCAGGCUCUGAGUCCAGAGAGAAGAGUCUGAAAGGAGAGAGCGCCUUACAGAGGGUGAUGGCCAUCCCUGGAAACAGCACCUGCUGUGACUGCGGCCAGCCGGACCCCAAAUGGGCCAGCAUCAACCUGGGCAUCACUCUCUGCAUCCAGUGCUCCGGCAUACACAGGAGUUUGGGAGUUCACUUCUCCAAGGUGAGGUCACUGACGCUGGACACGUGGGAGCCGGAGCUGCUGAAGUUGAUGUGUGAGCUGGGAAACGGAGUCAUUAAUCAGAUCUAUGAGGCUCGAAGGGUGGAGCUAGGAGCUAAAAAACCACAACCAGGAGACCCCAGGCAGGAAGUCGAGUCGUACAUUAAGGCGAAGUACGUUGACCGGCGGUUCGUCAGAAGGCCGUCAGAUGAAGAGUUGAGGCUGAAGGUGGUGAGUUUGAGUAAACAGGAGAAACGCCUCAGCGACUGCUCCGAACCACCCAGAGCUCCGCCCUCAACGCCCAAAGCCCGCCCAGAGUCUGGUGCAUCAGUAAAGAGUGCAGACAGCGGCAUCCCGAACAGCACCGAGGGCAGCCGAGAGAUACUGGCCACUAGUCCGUCCACCAACAGUCUAAAUGAUGCAGAAGUAGCAGAGCCGCAGUCGCCUCCGUGCAGCAGUAAGGAGCUGGUGGUGUUCUGUGAGCCGAAGGAAUACUCGCCCGGCCUGCAGCUGUACUGGGCAGCUUUCACCCGCAGCCUGCCCAACAUGGCUGAAGCUUUGGCCCACGGAGCGGAGGUCAACUGGAUCAACACGGAAGAGGAGAAGAGGACACCACUAAUCAUGGCUGUGCACGGGGGCUCUCUGGUCACCUGUGAGUUUUUGCUCCAGAAUUCAGCGAACGUAAACCAGCAGGACAGCCAAGGCAGAGGACCACUACACCACGCCACCAUCCUCGGCCACACGGGGCAAGUGUGUUUAUUCCUGAAGCGCGGAGCCAAUCAGAACGUGUCGGACAUCGAGGACAAAACGCCGCUGUCGAUCGCCGUAGAGGCGGCUAACGCGGACAUCGUAACGCUGCUGCGACUGGCGAAGAUGAACGAAGAGAUGCGGGAGCUGGAGGGGCCGUAUAACCCGACAGGAGAUGAAACAUAUCAGGACAUUUUCCAGGAUUUUUCUCAGAUGGCUUCAGACGAUCCAGAUAAACUUAACCGUUUCUGAGCAGAAGUGGCUCAAAGCUCCACCAACGCAGAACCUUCCAGGAAGCAGCAGCUCAGCUGUCCUGUUCGUAUUCAGCACACAGGGGUAAUUUCAGGACUGUGUUUAGUUACAAGCGGAUUAUAUUAAUGUAUUAUACAUUUCCCAAAAUACUCAAACAGGAUCUUAUACUGAAGAUAAAGCGUAACAUUCAUUUGUCAGUUGGCGACUUUAUUAAUACUGUUUUCUGUGUUUCAUCCUGAAUUAUUUGCCAGUUGUUAAUCUAACCCAGCAGUGAUCGACAGGAAGUCAGAUAUGAUGUGAAUGUCAAAUGUAUCAUGAGUGGAAGGUUAAUGAUGCAUCUUUGUUUUUUAAAACCACUAAAUUAAAAAAAAAUCACACGUUUACUGCUGAACGUUCUCGUCACGUUCCGUAUGUAAACAAGUUCCUCCACAAAGCAUAAUCAUAUUUUACUCCGAAGUGUAAGAAAACGCAUGUGUAUGUUUGUUGUAUUGCAUGUUUGGUAGAUUUGUGUUAUAUAAGUUCUGGGAGGUCACAGACGCUCAUCUCACUCAACGUUUUCCAGCACUCGACAUGCAGGGGUUUCAGAAUCGUCAUUACGGUGCCUUAAUGUUAUAGAGGCAAAUUUUACUUUGGUGCAUUUUUAAUUUUGCUGUUUUUAUUGACUUUAUUUUCAUUAUCAUGUUAUUUUUUUUUAUCAUGACUUAUCGUGACGUGUCAUGUUGUGCUUGUUUUCAUGUUGUGCUUGUUUUCAUGUCUUCUGCAGUGAUGAGUCUAAGAUGAUCUGCAGCUGUGUAGUAGCUGUGUGUUUGUGAUCUGCAGGUGUUUUUAAUGGAGAUUGAGACUGAGGCCUGCACAGUGGGAGUACACUGUCUGUCAAAAGUUUGGGGACACUUCGCCUAUUAAAAUGUUUUAAUGCAAAAUGA